GCAAGGUCUUUAUACGAUGUAAUAGACAGCUUCGAGUUUUGCUUAUGUCCCUUGCUACGAGGUGCACGUCGGGAGGAAACGGUUCGCAUGUGCACUUGCAAGGAGAUGUCGGAAUGUUACGAUUCAGCUAAAGAACAAGCCUUUGACUGCUUUGAGCCAUGUUGGAAUGAAACACAAUCGUACUCGUUGACCAAGCAUCCGGAUAAGCUUCGCGUCUGUUUUGAAAACCGCCGUGAUUUUGUUGACGAAAUUGUCAGCUGCUUCCGCACAAAGGUCAAGGCAUGCGCAGACGAUGAAGAGAAAGCGAAACAAAGGCAUGUGAAGAACUACGACUACCAGGAUAUGAUUAGACGUGUAGAUGAAAUUAUCAACGAACAUAUUCGGACGUUCCUCAAUUCGAUAACCUCAAACUACAACCUUUUUGUUAAGCACGUUGUCAACGCAGCCGCGUCGGUGGCGCGUUGUGUAAAAAACUGUUUCCUCGAAAAAAAUAGGGACGGCUUUUGCUUCGAUCGUAAAGGAUGUGAGCCAGAAAUAACCGAUCAGAACGCAAAACUGGCGCUACGACAAUGUUCACGCACGGUGAAUUGGAAGAAAGAAAUCACCGAACUGUGCACGUGUUCAAGUCAAGCCGGAGUAAACGACAUAGGUCUGAACUCUAGAUAUUGUCCAUUACUUACGUGA